UUUGCCAAAGGCCUUCCCGACUUCCGUAGCGAAUCUGGGACGCUUCACGUUCCAAAUGCUGCACAGACUUCACCCAUGCUACGUGAUAUCUAUUCUAGCUAGCUUGGUUCUCGUCGCGCAGGCGCAGCUCAGCGAUACCCUAUGGACCUCAUGGGUCCCGCUCGCUGUGCGUAGCCCAUACCUCAGUGCCUGGAUGGACACGACAAACAUACCCUUUGGCCCCGGAGUCAAGCGUGCGCCAGAAAUAUGGCCUCUCUUCUGGAACAGCGCCAUUCUCGGAUGGGCUGGCCACAUACGCAUCGACAACAACAUUACCUACAAAUGGCAAGGGGAUGCAGAUAGCCCCGCAGGAUUGAACUUCUCGGUCCUCAAUAACAUCCAAAUCACGCCAACGCGGACGGUGAUGAGCAUAACUUCGGGACCGAUUGAUCUCAAUAUAACAUAUCUGUCCCCGAUAGAGCCAACCGACCCCGUCAAGCAGUCAUUUCCAUUUUCCUACGUCUCCCUGACAGCAACAUCCAACGACGGACAGCCUCAUGCUGUACAGGUCUACUCUGACAUCAGUGGAGAAUGGGUUUCGGGUAACCGUGGAGACGUCAUGCAGUGGCAGACAGUGCCAACAGAUACCAUCCUAUAUCAUCAAGUAUCGCUGGAGAUCCCUGAGGCGUUCUCUGAGAAAGCAAAUCAGGCAGAGGAUGCUACGACCUAUUACGCGACGUUGCUCGGCCAGCAGAUGACCUACAUGGUAGACUUGGAUGCGAACUGCAGAGGUCAGUUCAGUAGUGCCGGGACCCUGAAGAACACGGCUACCUCGGGGCCCGCGAGUAUCUCAAAUCCAUUCCCGGUCUUUGCUAUCUCGAUGGACCUUGGUAGUGUCACGACAACCACGGACGCUGUCGUUUGGGCCGUAGGGAUGUUACGAGAUCCCGCAAUCCAAGCCGUGACGGCCUCGGGUGCACCAGAGAUGCGCAGUCCCUACUGGCGCACCCAAGGUGCAGCUCAAGACAUAAUCACAUCGUUCCUGCAAGACUACAGCUCUGCCGUCGAGCGCGCGGAAGCCUUUGAUGCAGCACUAGCGAAGAACGCGUCAUCGACCUCGCCACAUCUCGUCGAUCUCGUCUCUAUCGCUGCACGACAGGCGAUGGCAGGAACAGAGCUUACCGUCGGAGGCUCUGCGGGCAGCUACAAUACAUCUGACGUGAAGAUGUUCAUGAAGGACGUUGGCCCUAGUGGCAGGGUGAAUCCUGUGGAGGUGCUAUACUCUGCGUUCCCGUUCUUUCUGAGUGUCAAUGGGUCGUACGGUGGUUGGCUGCUGAAGCCUGUUCUGGAUUAUGCGAGCUCGCCGGCAUGGACACAACCAUACUCGCCCCGACAUAUUGGGCUUAAUUAUCCUAAUGCGACAGGAGAUCCCACAACCCAUGAUCAGGGUGUAGAACGCAAGUCAUUUGCCAGUCCCGUGCUUCCCCUACGUCUCACUCAUCUAUCUCUAGAAUCUGGAAACAUGCUCAUCAUGACCCUCGCGCACGCGCGAGCGACGGGAGACGGGUCAUUGAUCAGUACAUACUAUCCGUUACUAAAGCGAUGGGCGGACUAUCUGGUAAAUAACACGUCACCUCUACCGGCAGGCCAGAUCAGUGCUGACCCUGGGCCGAGACCCAACUCGACGAACUUGGCAAUUAAGGGUAUCAUUGCAAUCGGCGCGAUGUCUCAGAUGAGUGUGGCGAUGGAUCAGCAGCAGGAUGCACAGCAUUACUCCAGCACGGCACAAGCAUACGCAAACACCUGGAAGUCUCUCGCCCUGUCUUCCGAUAACCAUAUUUUAUCAAAUUUCGGAGAUCCAGGUUCGUCGUGGGCAUUGGAGUACAACCUGUACGCAGAUAAGUGGCUCGGGACAGGCCUCGUCGACGACUCGGUGGGUGACUGUUAUCGGGACCCGUUGAUACGUGUGCUGAUAGAGGACUCAGGUGUACAGCUCUGA